GGUCUGCGUACAUUAGGAUACGCUUAUAUAUGGAUAUGCUUACAUUAGGAUAUGCUUGUAUUAGAAUAUAUUUACAUCAAGAUUUCAUUAAGCACAGCCAUUGAACUGGAGAAUUCAAUAGCUGUUUAUUGGAUCAGUAAAAGAAAGCUAUAAUCGAGGCUAGACAACUUUUACUUUGUGUGCGGCAGGUUAGUUUCCUCUAGAAUGGCUGAAUUCGUGGGAUUCUUUAAGACAAAUUUGGUUCAUUUGUAAUUUUAAAGAAUUCGUUUACUUUGUGAGGGGAUACUAAGAAAAUUUAUUAUUAGAAGGCAGCCAAACGAGUUGAACGUUAGAAAAUGAUCUGGCAACUUUACACAGUGGCAGUUAUUUUUACAGCUUACAUCAGCUCCUGUUGGUGCCAGACAUUUAACACAGACAGACUUCUCAGUGCCAUAAACUCAGACAGAAAUGGCACCGUCAUCACGUCUGCAGAACUGGACAACUUCUUCUUGAAGAUCUCAGGUCAAGAGAACGUGAGCAGGUGUGAGUUCAUCGACCAGAUGGUCAGCCAGUACGCUGGAAACGCCACCCGUGUGUCCGUGCUGUUUGACGUCAUGCAGCAAGCUGACGGUGACAGUCUGGCAAAGUCUGAGUGGACGUCAGCCUUACAAGGUGGCACUGUUGCAGAUGUAAGGAACAAGAUAUCGGAGCUGGAGGGUCAAGUUGACCUGGUUUUAGCAGCCCCUUACAAGUACACAAACAAGCCCCACUGGUACAAGUACACCGACUUUCAACUGGAAAAUCUGGUCAAAUACUUUAACGCUGACGGAAAUGACGUCAUCGAUCGUCUGGAGGUGUCGUCUGCAAUGAGAAAAAUGGAUAAACAUUACGACUACGGCGUCAGGCGGUGUUACUUCGUCAAUCACAUGACGUCAUACAGCCAGCAUUCCGUGACGGCGAACAAAUUGUAUGACGUGGUGUUUGCGUAUCGUGACAUCACGUGGGCAGACGUAGACUCGGACUUCCUGCUGAAGUUGGCAGACGACAACAACGACAACACCGUAACAAAGCAGGAGUUCAUGGACUUCUUCAAUGUGCAAAACCUGGAGGCCGCUGGCCUGAUUGUGAAGACAGGAGUGACAUUUGAUGGCCAAGGAGACAGCGCAGGGUUGGCCAAAUGUUUGUCGGUGUUCUGGUUAUUGGCCAUGGUGGUAGUAGUUCGAUUUGUGUGAUAUCUGACCAUCUUACUUCAGCAUUAGAUAUCUAUGUCGUUUUUUUUUUAAUUUAUAUAAUAA